AUGACAGCAACUAGUCCAGACAGCGAGGAUGUAUCGACACUGAUGACAGAUUUAGACACAGCAACUAGUCCAGAUAGUGAGUAUGUAUCGACACUGAUGACAGCAACUAGUCCAGACAGUGAGGAUGUAUUGACACUGAUGACAGAUUUAGACACAGCAACUAGUCCAGAUAGUGAGUAUGUAUCGACACUGAUGACAGCAACUAGUCCAGACAGCGAGGAUGUAUCGACACUGAUGACAGAUUUAGACACAGCAACUAGUCCAGAUAUAGCUAAAAGUGUCAGAGAAGCAAUCAGUGGUUCAGUUGUCCAUGAACAAGCAGACUUCAGCAGUACAGUUGUCCAGGGGCAAGUAGAAAUUAGUAGUUCAGUUGUCCAUGGACAAGCAGACUUCAGCAGUACAGUUGUCCAGGGGCAAGUAGAAAUUAGUAGUUCAGUUGUCCAUGGACAAGAAGACUUCAGCAGUACAGUUGUCCAGGGGCAAGUAGAAAUCAGUAGUUCAGUUGUCCAUGGACAAGCAGACUUCAGCAGUACAGUUGUCCAGGGACAAGUGGAAAUCAGUAGUUCAGUUGUCCAUGGACAAGCAGACUUCAGCAGUACAGUUGUCCAGGGGCAAGUAGAAAUCAGUAGUUCAGUUGUCCAUGGACAAGCAGACUUCAGCAGUACAGUUGUCCAGGGGCAAGUAGAAAUCAGUAGUUCAGUUGUCCAUGGACAAGCAGACUUCAGCAGUACAGUUGUCCAGGGGCAAGUAGAAAUCAGUAGUUCAGUUGUCCAUGGACAAGAAGACUUCAGCAGUACAGUUGUCCAGGGACAAGUAGAAAUCAGUAGUUCAGUUGUCCAUGGACAAGCAGACUUCAGCAGUACAGUUGUCCAGGGGCAAGUAGAAUUCAGUAGUUCAGUUGUCCAUGGACAAGCAGACUUCAGCAGUACAGUUGUCCAGGGGCAAGUAGAAAUCAGUAGUUCAGUUGUCCAUGGACAAGAAGACUUCAGCAGUACAGUUGUCCAGGGACAAGUAGAAACCAGUAGUUCAGUUGUCCAGGGACAAGUAGAAUUCAGUAGUUCAGUAGUCCAUGGACAAGUAGAAUUCAGUAGUUCAGUAGUCCAUGGACACAUUUCACUAGCUUCAAAAUAG